CCAACACUGGCUCCCAGUUCCCCAUCAUCUCGGACAUUAAAUCAAGAUGGGUGCAGGCGAUCUUAACUUAAAAAAGUCUUUCCACCCUGCGCUGAGGCGCAACCAGGCAGCCGUCUACGAUGAGGAACAGAAAGCGCUGUCGGAGCGAAAGCGAACACAACAACGCAUCGAUGAAAUCAAGGAAGAACGAGCCAAGGAGGAGCUCCAGAGACAACUAGAAGCAGCUGGUGGCAAAAAGAGGGUCGACAGAGUCGACUGGAUGUAUCAAGGCCCGACCGAUGGACAAACUGGCACGAGCGAAGAAACAGAGGCCUACUUGCUGGGCAAAAGACGAAUCGACAAUCUGAUCAAAGGAAAUGAACAUAAGAAGUUGGAAAAGAGCGCGGGUGCGGAAAGCUUCAUGGCGCUGCAGAAUGCCAACUCGGCGCGAGACACCGCAGCUAAGAUUCGCGACGACCCUUUGCUAGCCAUCAAGCGUCAAGAACAAGCCGCGUACGAAGCUAUGAUGAAUGAUCCAGUUAGGCGUCGCCAACUUCUUGCAGCCAUGGGGAACGACAGCUCAAAAGAGAAAUCUCAUGACAGACAUCAUAAACGUCGUCACCGACACCGCAGCCACAGCCGAGAGCGAGAUAGCGACAGACGGCACCGUCGGCGAAGAUCCCGGUCAAGAAGCCCCCGCCGCCGCCGUAGCUCAGACGAUGAUCGCGAGGGCAGCAGACAUAAACACCGCGAUGAUUCUCGAGAUAGACAUUCAGGAAGAAAGAGAAGCGACUCUCGAGACAGACGUCGUGAAACAGACGACCACAAGAGUGACAGACAGUCUGCGGACAGCCCUCCACGAGAACGGGCGCGCCAAAGGAGCAUAUCGGAGGAGCGUCCAGACCAACGUCGAAGGGACUAUGAUCGUAAAGAUCGUUACAAUGAUGAUAGUCGAAGACCAGAGAGACGCCGAUACGACGACAGGCGAUCAAGAGACGGACCGCGACACAAUGGUCACGACAGAAAUAAUGGCUACAACUCUCGAGCGAAUGACUCCAAUCAGGAAGAGGAGCGUGCCAAGAAGCUCGCCGCAAUGCAAUCAGCGGCUUCCGAACUUGACGACGACCGUGGAAAACGACUGGCGGCGAUUGAAGAGCAAGAGAGAACAGCCCGAGAAGCCGACAACCGGGCCAGAGAAAGAGACGGAGAGCGCGGAUUUAUUAAUGGACUGCAUCGUCAAACAGAAAAGCUGGAUCUCGGAGCGCGCAUGGGCAGAAACAAGCAGGCAUAUCAACGGGAUGACGACUAACAUAGCUUAUUGUACAAUAGAACUUAUUUUCCAGUGUAUGAGAACUCUAAGUGCGCGGAUAUUAUUUUCUCCGACUUUCUGUAUGAUAAAAAUAGGCGUAAGCAAGAGCCAAAAAAACACAAAGCAAGACAUUUAUGCGCCUAUGCUGCAUACUGACAAGUGAGGCAAUGCGAUGACACCACCACUUGGGUGCUGUUUGGUUUCAGACAGGCAAACCAGCCUCCGCCGUGUAUGCGGGACGCACAGUCCGAGUCAGGAUGGGACCGACGAUACAAGGGCUUUUGCAA